AUGAGCUCUCAAGAAACGAUUUUCACCAACACUCCUGUCCGAGAAGGCCAAUUUCGUCUCCUUGACAUCUUGCCUGCCCCUCAUGAUCCCUACAAAAGGCCUCCUAUUCGAUGUCAGCUCCGUGUUGCAGCAUUGUCCGAUCCACCAGACUACGAAGCCAUCUCGUACGUCUGGGGAAGCCAGGAUUCCGACAAUGAGAUCCAGAUUGAGGUCUCAGGUGAGGCUUUCAACACGACGAAGAAUCUCCAUGCAGCUCUGUCUCACCUUCGACUGCCACACAAAACGAGGACCGUUUGGGCCGACCAAAUUUGCAUCAACCAGAAAGACAGCGCGGAAAAGUCCACCAUCGUCCCCCUCAUGCGGCAAAUCUAUUCUCGAUGCCGUCAAGGUCUGCUUUGGGCGGGCGAAAUUCCUCAGGAAAUGGAUCCGGCUCAUGUGGAAUCACUAUUCGAAUUUCUCAGGUACAUGGCGGAGGGUGGCACUACUGAUACCCCCGCCCCUCAGUGCAUGGCUUCCGAGGCGGCAUUCAAGGGGCCGAUAUCGGCAUUGGUGCACUUGAUGGCCGGCCAAGGUUCUUGGUUUUCUCGUAUAUGGACGGUUCAAGAGGCAGUUCUCCCGAAAGAAGCCGUCUUACUUUGGGGACCGCAGUCAAUUCCUUGGAGCACGUUGAUUCAAGCAACGAAGACUUACACGACUGAGAUGUCGCAAGACGUGUUCAGAGUUUGUGAGUAUGGAUUUGCCGAGGGCCCAAUAGCCGGUCUUAUUGCGGUUCUAGUAUGGUUGAAUGGCUGUAAAUAUGACUGCAAGCCGUCGUCAGCUAUGCAGCAAUGGCGGGGACGGCAAGCCCACGACCCUCGAGACAAGGUCUAUGCUCUGCUCGGACUGUUUCCAUCUGGAACGCUUCCAAGAGUCGAAAGCUGCGAUUAUGACAUCCCAGUAGCUGAGGUUUACGAGAACCUAACGCUUGACCUCAUUACUGACGAGCAGAGCCUUCGGCCGCUUGUCGGAAACCCCCGUCUAAAGCCUGUCAGGGCGACUCCGAAUUUGGCCAGGUGGGCGAUCGACUUGGUGGGAGUGCCUAUACACGAGAUAGAAUACUGGCAUCACACAUACGAUUCAACGCAUUUUCGUGCGGAUGGUGGUCGUCGCAUGGAAUUCCAGCACCAAAAAGGCAUCUUAGGUCUCACGGGCGUUUUCGUCGACACAAUUGAGAGAGUCGAACCUGGAUUGAUGCUCAUUGGGAAACACGCAUCAUACGAGUUGCUGGCUGAAACCUUGCAAAGAUGGAAGAGUACGGGACCCGACGAAGAAGCCUUUGGGAGGCUCAUCACAAACGAUCUUGUUAGAGAUGCUGUCGGGGACCCUGUCCAGCGCGCAUCCGCAGCAGACGCCCACCAGGCUAUGGAAUAUCUACGCAACAGAACAGGGGAGGAAUGGAUUCAAGAACAAAUCUUGAUGACGGUCAAGAACUCAGUGUACUUUACAACAAAGUCUGGGCUUAUCGGACGGGGGCAUCUUGAAACACAAGCUGGCGACGAAGUCUGGGUGUUCAACGGAGGCAGCGUACCAUUCACAGUGAGACCGCGAGGCUCAAGCAAAUCAGUUGACAAUGACCUCGAGUACGACUUUGUGGGCUAUAGCUACGUGCAUGGCAUUAUGGACGGCGAGGCUUAUGAACGCGGUAUCGAAAGCCGGUUCAUUUGGAUUCGUUGA